CAGCAGGUCUCGCCAUCCAUUCCCCAAUUCGACGCCCAUCGUCGCAUUAUCAGCUUCUCCGGUCAUCAUGAGCACCUUGCCCGCGACGACCGAGCACAAGGAAGGCUUCUUCCACUGGAAGUGGGGCAAGAACAAGCAGAAGAAGUCCACGUCCACCAAGAGCCUCCCGCCCAUGUCGGCGCCGGCCGUGAUUUCGCUGCCGGUGACGCCGACUGCGACGCCGACCGAGUCGACGACCAACCGCGCGACCAGCACAGGCCCGCGGUCCGCGCCCGUCCAUGGUGGUGACGUGCGCAAGUCCAUGGUCGAGACCACGUGGCGGCCGCGCGCUGUCUUGCGCGACUCGGUCCUCGCCCGCGAGCCAGACGUCGCGAUCGAGAAGGCCGUGAAGGGCAAGCUUCUCCUCAUGCACCCGUCGACGUCCCUCGACUGGUACAAGAACCGCAUUCGCGAGCUCGAAGCCGACAUUCGUACCAACACAUGCCGAGCGUGCAUUGAAAAGACCGAGGAGGCCGCGCGCCUCCAAGAACAGGUAACGAUCGAGAAGGGUCGACUGCAAGCCGACAUUGAGCGGCUCCGGAAGCGCCUCGGCGAACUCCUCGACGAGAAGAAGCUCUCGGAAACCCAACGCUCGAACCAAAUGUCCGAGCUCCAGCAGACGAUCGCUGGCCUCGAGGCGCAGGUUACGUCCGUCUCGGCCGCAGAGGCUGCCGCGGCGGCGGCGACGACGACCGCGUUGGCGCAGCUCGCCGCCGAACAGGCCGCGGUCGCGGAAAAGACUGCGGCCAUCGAUGCGCUCUCGUUGCAACUUGCGGACUUGCAACGCGAGUCUGCUGCGACGGCCGUGGCGACGUCGGCCGAGUCGGCCGCUUCGGCUGCCGCCAUGGCGUCACUUGACGCCCAGCGCACCGAGUUGGUGGCGUCGCUUGCAGCCCUCGAAACCAGCCACGCGUCGGAGAAGGUUGCUUUGGAUGCGUCGGUCGCCGACCUCUCGGCCCAAUUGGCGGCGGUCGAGGCCAACCUGGCGUCGUCGUCGGCCGCCCACGCCGCCGUUGCCGCCGAGCUAGCGACUGCCACGGCCACCGUAACGGCCAAGGACGCCGAAGUGAAUGCGCUCAAUGCGAAAGCGGACGCCCUUCAAGUGGAACUGGCGGCCGCCACGGCGGCGGUCGCCACCGCGUCCGAGGCGCAUGCAAGCGCGACGGACGCCCAUACGCACGCAGCGACUGCGCUUGAAGCCGAGCGCGAUGCGUUGCGCGCCCAGGUCGAGACGCUCGAGACGGCGUCGGCCAACGACAAGGCGUCCCACGUGAGUGCGCUGACCGCGCUCGAAGCGAGCCUGGCGACGGCGGCCUUGCUGCAGGCCACGACCGAGGGCCAGCGUGCGGCAGCGGAAGCCAAGGAAGCGUCGACGGCAGCCGAGCUCCAGGCCACGACGGCCAAGCUGGCGACCGUGGAAGGCGAGGCACUGGCGGCGGCCGCGGCCGCCGCGCUUCUUCUCUCGACGACGCGCUCGUCGCACGCCGAGGCCAUCGCCGCGAUGGAAGAUGAGCGGGACGGGCUCGCCGCCCAGCUCACCGCCCUCGAAGCCAGCCGCGCGUCGGACGCCGCUACGUUUGCGACCACGUCGGCGUCCUUGGAGGCGCGCAUUGCGCAGCUCGAGACGGACGCCGAAGCUGCGGCCGCCCUUCAAGCCACCACGGAAGCGCAACUGAGCGCCGCGAUGACGCAGGCCGAUGUCGAUGCGGCCGAGCUUGCCGUGCUACGUGCCAAGGUGACAGUCCUCGAAGCCGAAGCCGCAGCGACGACCCUCGCUCUCGCGACCGUGUCGACCGAGCACUCGGACACGACGGCGGCGAUUCUGGCCGAACGCGACGCGUUCCAAGCGCAACUCGCGGCUGUUGAAGCCGCCAACGCCGCCACGACCGCCGCGCUUGAGGUUGAAGUUGCCGCUUUGAAGGACCAAGUCUCGGCCCUCGAUGCCGCUGUGGCUGCGGCGGCGGCGGCCCAAGCAACGUCCGACGCCGACUUGGCAGCGGCCAGUAACGACGCGGCGGCCAAGCAAGCCGAGGUCGAGGCUCUCUCAGCGCAGCUUGACGCGGCGGCUCAGGCGCAAGUCGAGGCGGCCGAGGCCACCGCGGCGCUGACGACCGAGCGUGACGCCCUUCUGGCGACGGUUGCGUCGUUGGAAGAUUCGUCGAAUGCGUCGGCGACCGAGCUCGCGGCUCGCAUUGCGGCGCUUGAAGCCGAGGCCACGGUGGUCCUCGCUGCGCGUGACGACGCAACGAGCCGCGUCGCUGAGCUUGAAGCAGAGCUCGUGACGUCGCAGGCGAGCGCGGAGGAGGCGUCGGCCGCGGUCGCUGCCCGCGAGUCCUCCAACAGCGAGUUGGCCGCGCAGGUCGCGGCGCUCACGCUCGACCGGGACACGCGUGCGGCGCACGUGACGGCGCUGGAAGCGGCACAUGCCACGGAUGCCACGGCGCACGCGGCGGCGAUUGCCGAAUACAAGGCCCAGCUUGUGGCAUUCGAGGCGCAAGUGGCCGCGGCGGCGGUGGCGUAUGCCGCGCUGGAAGCGGCAUCGAGUAACACGGACGCGUCGGUGACCGCGCUCACAAGCUCGAUUGCGCAGCUGGAAGCCGACGCCGCGCUGCAGGCGGCGCAUAUCGUGACGCUCACAUCGGCCCGCGACGACCUCCACGCGCAGAUGUCGGCCCUCGAGGUAUCGCACGCCGCCGAGAUCGAAGCGCUCGAGGCGCAGCUGGCGGCCGCGGAAGCCAAGGCGCUUGAUGGCGACGCCUCGGCUGACCAGGUGGUGGUCCUGCAGGCGACAUUGGAAUCGACGACUGCCGAGCACGCGGCGGCCCUCGCCGCGGUGACCGAGCAGGUUGUCGCCAAGAACGCCGAGCUUGCGGCGUUGGCCGCGGAGAAGGACGCGCUGUCGACUGCCAACGCGGAGCUCUCGGCGACGAUUGCGCAGCUGCAGACCGAGGCAAUGACGUUGACGGCGGCCAAUACGACGCUCGAGACCUCGUACGCUGCUCAAAUCGACGAGCUCAAGGAUACGAUCGCCUCGCUGGAGGCGACGUCGGCGACUGCGUUGGCAACGGCGGUCGCCGAGCACGCUAUCGCGCUCGCUGCUGCGCAAACCCACGUGACGACGAUCGAAGCCGCCAAGGACGAGCAGCUCGCCGAGCUCACAGCACACAACGAAGCGCUGACGCUGGCGACGGACGAGCAGCAGACAGUGAUCCAGCGGCUCGAAGCCGACAUUGCGGUCGAGAAGGAGCAAAUGGCGACGCUGUCGAGCGACCACGCGGCGAAGGAGGCCCUCCUGCUGGCCAAGAUCGCCGAGCUCGAGGCGCGCCUCGCAGCCUUUGACGGCAUCGAAGCCGAGCUGGAAGCCAAGCGGUUGGCCGAAGUCGCACGGUUGGCCAAAGAGGCAAACGACGCUGAAGCGGCGGCCGCCGACGCCGCGCGGCUGCGGGCACUCGCCGAGCAGGAAGAGCGUCUGCGGCUCAAGCCCACGAGCACGGUCUCGCGCCUCCUCCGCGUGCAGGUCGAGCGCUGCGAGGACCUUGUCGCGGCCGACACGGUCUUCAUGGGCGGCAAGAGUGAUCCGUAUGUGGUCAUGAAGGUCGGCGACAAGAAGUUCAAGACGACGACGGUCACGUCCGAGCUCAACCCGGUCUGGACGCACGAGAUCCACGAGUUUACACUUACCGAGGGCCUCAUGUACACGAAAUCGCUCGAGCUCUUCGUGAUGGACCACGACAAGAUUGGUGACGACGAGAUCAUUGGGUCGCUCACGCUGCCGCUCCUGCAGUUUGAGCAGUCGCCGCCGACGGGCAAGGAGGCCAUCUUCGACCUCGAUGUGCCCGUGACGUUCAUGAGCCAAAACAAGGCGAGCAAGAUCGUCGUCAAGUUCGAGUUGCUCACAGAAGAGAUCGAAAAGUCGUCCAAGGAGCAGCUCAUGUGGGAGAACGAGCGGUACGCCAACCGGGCGUGGGCCAAGGAGAAUUUGCUGCCAAAAGAGCGCAAGGCGUGGAGCGUCGGCGCCCGGUCCGGCGACUCGCGCGAGCAAAUGCAGCCCAAGAUCCCGAAAGGCAUGGAGACGAAGCUCGGGUGGAGCCUCGACCUCGACCACGGUGAUGACAACGGGUGGUUUUACGCCAAGUCGUUUGACGGACCGUGGCUCAACCAGUCGAAUUCGUCAGUCGAAGUGCGCCGCCGCAUGUGGACCCAGCGCUGCACGACGAUCGUCGUCGUGGACGACAACCAAGUCGACGACGCGGCGACGACGGCGGCGUAAACUGUUGAUACUGCAAGUGUAGUCGUACCAAGAUAUAUAAGACCAACAUUGUAUUUUUCUGUACAAA